AUGACUACGGAGCAAGCCCCUUAUCCACGGCUUCCGCCAUAUCCCAAAGCCCCAUCCUAUCCGGACGCAUACGGUCCUCCUCCGCUCCCAGUCCCAAAUUCCCCUCCACCACCUUUUCAGGACUCUGUGAUAACAGAUCAACCUACGCCCAUAAUCCUUGUACAAUAUGGGCCGCAUCCGACAGUUGCUUGCUGUCCGAAUUGCAACGAGCAAACAAUGACCACGAUCAACCAUGUGAAUGGUACUUUGACUUGGGUUCUGUGCGGUGUUAUAGCACUCUUCGGCGGAAUCCUAGGCUGUUGUGUCAUUCCGUUUUGUGUGAACAGUUGCAAAGAUGUGGUUCACACUUGCCCACGUUGUGGAACCACAAUAGGCGUAUUCAAAAGACUGUGA